GCUACACAAGCACCCUCUGCCAGUUCCACAGCUGGGUACAGAAACACCCUCUUCCAGAUCCAUUGCUGGGGACACAGUUGGGAGCAAAGCCCCUAUCAGAGGACACACAUUACACCAUCACCCUUCAUUCAGAGGUGAUUCAGGUCUAGACAUGAACCCUUGUCUUUGGGUUCUCCCUCUAGUGAUGAUGGUACAGUCCAAACUGCACCAUUUAAGCCGUGGGUGUGAAGAAGUCUGUGACUGCUGGAGCAAACUACAGUGGGUGAACUGUUCAGGCGCACUGCUUUCUCAGCUUCCUACUGGCAUUCUCCCUGUUACUGAACACUUGGACCUGUCUGUGAACUACCUGACCUCCAUUGACCAGGGGAGCUUCAGGAGCCUCCGAAAACUGAGGGUGCUGCUCCUGAGUGACAACAACAUUAGCUCCCUGGCUGAUGGCACCUUUACCCCUCUGGACAGCCUCCAGAGGCUGGAUCUGAGCCGUAACAGCAUCUCCUGGCUGAACCCAGGCCUCUGGCUGGGCCUGGGGUCGCUGAAGGAGCUUCUUCUGGCUGAGAACCAGCUAGAGGACUUGAAUGACAGGAGCUUCCGUCACCUAGAUGGCCUGGAGAGGCUUAACCUGAGCGCCAACUCCAUCCGGUCCAUCCAGACAAGGACCUUCAGUGGCAUGACAGCCCUGAGACAGCUGUACCUCCACCACAACCAGCUCACUUCCCUCAGCAGUGGGCUUUUCUCCACGCUUCGCUCCCUAGAGGUACUCAACCUGUGUAACAACCACAUCAACAGCACCGAGGAAGGAGUUUUCACCCCCCUGCCCAGCCUGGCCGAACUCAACCUGGCUAACAAUAGCCUGAGUUCCAUCCACUUCAAGACCUUCCUGAGCAUCCAUAGCUACAGCACCCACAUCCAGCUGGUAAACAACCCAUGGUAUUGCGACUGCGACCUACAGAGAGUGUUCCGGAAGCUGCACAGUGUGCACAGGCUCUUCCUAGAUGACUACCACAACCUGACAUGCACCAAACCAAAUGGGACUCAUUCACCAGUGGAAGUGACGGACCCAGAGCUUUGCACUGCAGAGACUGUGACUGUUCUCAUCAUCACAGUCACUGUAUUGAUUGCUGUAGUAGCUGCCAUUGUUAAGGCUGAAAGGAACAGAAGAAAAAGCACGGGCAAGCACUGGAGUGAGGACAGUGAACUGUCAUAUUACUCUCAGAGCUAGUUAUCACUUCCUGCCAACAUGAUCGUACAAUGCUGGUCUUAAAAUGAGAAGCACUCAGUCCUCACCUUAAUGUUGCUAUAUUUUGUGUUAAUAUAUAAAUAUUAGAAAUAUUUUAAAUGACAUCCCAUAUGAUUACCAGGACAAAUCAAUGUCUAGCUUAGGCAGCAGCAAUCUUGCUGGGUCUGGAACAGAAUCUAUAUGCCUGAUUGACCAGGAACCAUCCCAAAGAAGUGAAUUUUGUCAAAAUUAAUUGCAGCAAUUAUAGUCUACAGCUUGUAGUUAAGUAAGAAGCAAAAACAAGCACAUUUCGGAGAGAACGAGGGUUGGGAGAAAGUUAUUUUUCUGAAGUUAUAAUAAAUAAUAAUAAAGCCCAAAAUAAAUAAUAAUAAUGCCUAAAAUAUCAGUGACCGCCAUGUGUUACAGAUUUGAACUGAAAUGAAAACUUUUUUCGCGUAUUUUCUGAGAUAUAAGGUUAUUACACUUAUCUGUAAGGAAGCCUGCAUUAUUUGGAAAUAUUGUUGUUUAUUUACUGUAUUGCAGUGUACUAAGGGAUGGUUCACGAAGCAGGAUUUGUCAGAAUUUAGUUAAGGAGCAUUCCUACUGGACAAUCAUGAUUUCUAACUUAAGUUAACGCAGCUAACUGAGACAAUCUGAUUCAGGGAAUACCCCCGUGUACUAGUGUGUUGUGUAUAACCAAUGGCGUGCAAAUGAACGACGAUGUAUUAUCGGAUAUUAGAAGACUGAAGCCACGAAGCUGAACAGCUAUCACGUAAGUCGCUGUGAUUGUAACACAGUACAUU